UACCGCCCCCAGACUUCUCAUAUCACAUUCUCUCCCAUUUCAGUCUUUGGAAAUUGCGAAUUUUCUUGCAGAAUGUCCGGCGAGAAACGACCGGCUCAAGCGGCCUUUGGCUCGUCAAGUCAAUUGGUUGUGAAACGAAAGAAAUCUGAUGGUGGACUCGAUAAUAGUGCAGCUGUUGUCAAGAGCUCAGGACAAGAUGGAACCCUCGUACAAGCGGUCCCCCGUACCAGUGGUCUCAACGCGCCGAUCAUGGAGCUCACAGGUCAUUCUGGUGAGGUUUUCGCCGUACGAUUUGACCCAACGGCUCAGCACAUCGCAUCCGGUUCCAUGGAUCGAUCUAUAUUACUCUGGAACACCUAUGGGCAAUGCGAAAAUUACGGCAUUCUAUCUGGUCACAAAGGCGCUAUUCUUGACCUGCAAUGGUCACGAGACUCCAAAACCAUAUUCUCCGCAUCGGCUGACAUGACUCUUGCAAGCUGGGAUAUAGAGUCUGGCCAGAGGAUCCGGCGCUACAUUGGUCAUGAAGAGGUCAUAAACAGUGUCGAAAUUAGCAAAAGAGGCCAAGAAAUGCUGGUCAGCGCUAGUGACGAUGGUACGAUGGGGAUAUGGGACCCUCGACAGAAAGAGGCAAUCGAUUACCUGGAAACGGAGCUUCCUAUUACCGCGGUGGCACAAUCUGAAGCUGGAAAUGAGGUAUUCAGUGGAGGCAUUGAUAACGCAAUUCACGUAUGGGACAUUCGAAAGAAGGCUAUAGUUUACUCCAUGGCUGGACACAUGGAUACUAUCACAUCUCUUGAGGUUUCGCCAGAUUCGCAAACUCUUCUGUCCAACUCUUUUGAUUCCACAGUACGCACAUGGGAUAUUCGACCUUUCGCGCCAACGAAUCGUCACAUCAGGACAUAUGAUGGUGCACCGGUCGGUCUAGAAAAGAAUCUCAUUCGAGCCAGUUGGAAUCCUGCUGGCGAUAAAAUUGCAGCUGGAAGCGGUGAUAGAAGUGUUGUUGUUUGGGACUUCAAGACCGGGAAAAUCCUGUACAAGCUUCCCGGGCACAAGGGCACUGUCAAUGAUGUGCGAUUCACGCCAAAUAAUGAGCCUAUUAUUGUCUCUGCAUCGUCUGACCGGAAUUUGAUGUUGGGCGAAUUGGGCAAAUGA